GCAGCAUUAUUAUUUUGCCCUGUGGAGAUGCCUCGACUAUGCAUGCAUCAAACGUGGGGAAACCCAUGAUGAAGAUCGCUUUUCGCAUCCAUCGCCAGGUGGUGCCAGUAUUGCGACGAGUGAGGCGAUGGGCGCGGUCAGCACGAGCGCUGCGAGCAUGUUCAUGAGCACCAGCGGCUCGUCUUCCGUUGCUGUGACAAGUGUUGGCAGCCUCAAGACGUUGAGCGCCACGAACCCCCUGCCAGAAAGUGUGCUACGUGACUAUAUGGCAUCGUGCAAGCACGACUUCAGCGGCAGGCUCUACCGCAUGGAGCGGAACUAUAGUGAUGGGCAAGAUGCAGCAAGCCAUGGGGGCCUAAUGUUGAUGGAUGCGUUUCUGCACCCUUCCAACCAAUUUGCGUAUAUCCAGUUCAAACUGCAAGGUAAGCGCCCGGAUGGUGUGGGGUUCACCGUCGGGAAGAAGCAGGUCCUCUUUGCUAGAAACGUCACGUGGAACUGCUUUUGGGUCUCACCCGAAGAUCCCUCGCGGUUGCUGCACACGGCAUCAGAUUCGAAUUGGCAAGACCGAACACACAAGGGGCGAGCAGAUGAUCUCUACCAGUUAGUCAUAGCGAGGUGCGAUGCCGGUAACGUGGCUGCUGGCAGGCUUGAGAAACCUCUGCUGAUGAACAUCACGGCGACAGCUUCGGGCAAGAUUCUGGCACAUUGGGAGAAGAUCCGGGUAUGUCACGAGCCCCUUUCCCCGACUCCGAUUCGCUCGAUCGUCUGCACCGGAACCCUGCGGAUAGGAACCAAUCCGCACUCUGGAGUCGUGUACGAGCCGAAAAGCAUGGACCCGUACAUCAAGAAUUGGGUGGAAUACAGCCUUCUUAUCGGCUUCGACAUGGUCUUGAUCUACUUCGAGGACAAGGACUUGUCCCCGAUCGAAGAUAUGCUCCGUCCGUACAUCGACUCCAACAAAUUGGUCCUGGUCAGAUCAUAUUUCGAAGGUGUCACGGGCCAUGGAUGGAGCCCUUUGCUGCUCUUUCAGGAGAAUCAUUGCUUGUGGAGAGCGAAAGGUCUAGCAAGGUAUGUUGCACACAACGACGUGGACGAGUGGGUGGAUUUGAGUCCACAGUAUCCUAACAUCAACACCUACAUGGAUCGGACUAUCGGGAGCCACGAAUACCGGGCGAUAUCCAUUCCGGAGAACCGAUGGAUCCUUCCUGGCCCGAAACGGUCGCGAGGUGCAUACGACUUUGGCAUCUACCCCUGUGAUGAGAUAUGUGUCAGUCUCGACGGUAACAGGAACAAGUUGCUGAUGGACACGGAGCGUGUUGAUGGUUACCAGGUACAUGUCAUCUUUGUACCUGUUCAGAACGACACGACCGUCCGGACGCCACCAAGGGAUGAGAUAAGACUGGUGCAUCUUCGGCUGGCACACCUCACUAUAACUCCGGUAGGUAUGGUCGUCUGCGUUGAGAAUUUCCCUGGCCCGAUGAUGAAUUCUACUUUUGCCAGAUUCAUAAGAGAGAGGUGCCCGAUGAUUCUGCCGAACCUGCCCAAGUACAGUGAGCCACCACCAUUUUGGCGCCGGCGACGGCAGGAGCGCGUGCUCCUCGGCCCGUGA